AUGGUGGCUGCGGUGCGCGCGCCGGCGUCUGUCUCGAAGCUGGCGGCGAUGGUGGAGCUGUCGCCGCCGUCUCCUGCGGUGGGGGAGAGGUACUCUGAUGUCGACACGACGGCGCCCAACUCGAGCCUGAGCUCGGCGAGCAGCACGGGGACCCUGGCGCGGUGCUCGAGCCUCUCGCGGCUGUCGUUCGACUGCUCGCCGUCGGCGGCCGUGGCGUCGUGCUCGCCGACUCAGACGCCGACGCCGCCGAGGGACUCGGUGGUGUGCCGGCCGCACAGGUCCGGGGACGUCGCGUGGGCGGCCAUCCGCGCGGCGUCGACGACCUCCGCGGAGCCGCUCGGGGCGCGGGACUUCAAGCUGGUGCGGCGCAUCGGCGGCGGCGACAUCGGGACGGUGUAUCUGUGCCGCCUCCGGAGCUCGUCGGCGGAGGGCUCGCCGUGCCUGUACGCGAUGAAGGUGGUGGACCGGCGGGCGGUGGCGAAGAAGCAGAAGCUGGAGCGCGCGGCGGCGGAGAAGCGGAUCCUGCGGCUGCUCGACCACCCCUUCCUCCCCACCCUCUUCGCCGACUUCGACGCAACCCCUCACUUCUCCUGCGUCGUCAUGGAGUUCUGCCCCGGCGGCGACCUCCACUCCCUCCGCCACCGCAUGCCCUCCCGCCGCUUCCCGCUCCCCUCCGCCCGCUUCUACGCUGCCGAGGUGCUCCUCGCCCUCGAGUACCUCCACAUGAUGGGCAUCGUCUACCGCGACCUCAAGCCGGAGAACGUCCUCAUCCGCGCCGACGGCCACAUCAUGCUCACCGACUUCGACCUCUCGCUGCAGUCCACCACGUCGCCGUCGCUCGACGAAGGCGAGAGCGACGAGCCGGAUACGGCCGCUGCCGGCGGCGUCUCCUGCUUCCCCGACCACCUUCUCCGGUUCAAGCGACGGCGGAGGAGGCGACGCGACGCGGCUGGGGCUGUGGCUGCGGCGCCGGCGGCACCGGUGGUUCCUCUGUUCGUGGCGGAGCCGGUGACGGCGCGGUCUUGCUCGUUCGUCGGGACGCACGAGUACGUAGCUCCCGAGGUGGCGAGCGGGCGCGAGCAUGGCGCCGCCGUGGACUGGUGGGCCUACGGGAUCUUCCUCUACGAGCUCCUCUACGGCCGCACCCCGUUCGCCGGCGCCACCAACGAGGCAACGCUCCGCAACAUCGUCCGCCGCCCGCUCGCCUUCCCCUCCGGCUCCGGCUCAUGCGGCCCGGCCGACGCCGACGCGCGCGACCUCAUCGCCCGCCUCCUCACCAAGGACCCCGCCACCCGCCUCGGCUCCCGCCGCGGCGCCGCCGACGUGAAGUCCCACCCGUUCUUCAAGACCCUCAACCUCGCCCUCCUCCGCUCGUCCCGCCCGCCCGUCGUCCCCGGCGCCGGCGCGCCGCUGCACCGGUCGCAGUCAUGCAAGGCGGCGCCGACAACGCCGCCGCCGAAGCCGGCAAACACCACCACCACCUACCGCUUCGACCUCUUCUGAGCAUGGUGACCGUUGCUGUCUGCGUGCGAUGCGACGGCAGCCUCGUCAUCGUCGCCGCG